AUGUGGGACAAUGGGUGGUGCCCAACUAACUUCCCUGAGUUCUUCCAGCUCUUGUCUGGAUGCUCGGGCCAGGUGCAGAUGAGCUCGGGCUCAGAUUCGAAUUUUCGACUUUUCACUUGUAUAAUAAUAAAAAAAGGGGUUCAGGUAAAGCAACCUGAACCCAAGCGUGCACAGUACACUGCCCGCGUCGCUCUCCGGCCGGCGCUUCUUCCCGUUCUGCCUUCUGAAGAAUCGAAGAAACUCCGGUGCUUGGCCAUUGGUACGAAGGCGCACCGCUUCCGCCAAGCUCCAAACUCCGUUUCAGGCAGGGUGAUGGACUGGCGCGAUGAUUGGGACCAUCGAUGGUUAAUGGAUCAUCACUAUGGAAAUGCCAACUAUGUUUGGAUCACGUGUUUGUAGUUAUCCAGGACAAGGAAAGAACAGAAAAUCUCACACAUCAAUCAAUUAUAGCAGCCUCACAUAUCAUACCAAAAUUUGGCCUGAGUAUUUAUUUAUCUUCCUUUCUUUCCCAUGUUGUGUGUCAUUUACUUUCCUUUGGAAGUAAUGGGGUCAUUUCCUUUUCUGCUGCCUUGUCGUUGAACUACACGAGGACACAGGUCUUUUCUUUGAAAGAUGAAAUGAAAGUGACAUGCUUACCGUUCCAAUCAGGACAAUUAAGGUACACUUAACAAAGCACAUGUUUUUUAAUUUCCUGUCUGUUUUUUUUCCUUUUCUGAUGUGAUUCAAGCCAACAAGUAGCAUGGCUGGUCUCCGUAUCUGAUUAUGAUGAUGUGGACUCAAACUGAGAUGUCUUUAUUGAGUAAACAUAAAUCAAUCGGCUUGCAAAGUUGACCAAAGCGGGCAUUAAAUUAGGUUGCUGGCGUGCUGCGUCACAAUGCACGUAUUCAGAUGGAAGUAUAAUGGCAAGAGAUAGAGUGAUGGAUCCUGAAAUCAAUCGGUAUUCAUUGCAUGGCGUCACACCGUAGACUGUUUGAUUGUUUCAAAUACUAUAUCUCUCCAAUUUGAAAUUCCAUCACCUUUUUAAUUACAUGAUGUCUUUUUCAAGGAUAGUAGGUAGAGUCCUCAUUAUGUUGAGGCGUGGGAGUUGUAG